UGACGUUACGUGAUAACGUCACGGACCAGGAAGGGCAGUAUUUUGACAGCAAGACGAAAAUUAUUACGCCUGUGUGUUCGUUUUAAAUAGCCAAAAAGCAGCCAAAAAUCACAAGCUCAUUCCAGCAGACAUGUCAUACGGCAAGGCAGAGAGCUACCGUCCUGUCCCUCGGGACUUCAGCACCCUCUUACAAACAUGCAGCUCCAAUAUACAGAAGAUCACACAGAACACUGCUCAGAUCAAGAGCAUGGUGAAUCAGCUGGGGACCAGACAGGACACCAGUGAACUCCAGGAUCGUUUGCAGCAGAUGCAACAUUAUACUAACCAACUGGCAAAAGAUACAAACAAGCACCUGAAAGAGUUGGGAUCAAUCCCUUUGCCCUCUUCACCCUCAGAGCAAAGGCAGCAGAAGAUCCAGAGGGACCGGCUGAUGAAUGAUUUCUCAGCAGCUCUCAACAACUUCCAAGCAGUCCAGCGGCGUGCGGCAGAGAAGGAGAAAGAGUCGGUAGCCAGAGCGAGGGCCGGGUCCCGCCUCUCAACCGAGGACAGUUCUCGGGAUGAAAAGCUUGUGUCUUUCGAUAACCAAGAGGACUGGCGUCAGAUGACCACCCAGACCGAGGACGUGGGCAUCACAGAGGAGGACCUGGAGCUCAUCAAGGAAAGAGAAACCAACAUUAGGCAGCUGGAGUCUGACAUCAUGGAUGUAAACCAGAUCUUCAAGGACUUGGCUGUGAUGAUACAUGACCAGGGAGAAAUGAUUGACAGCAUUGAGGCAAACGUAGAGAAUGCUGAGGUUCAUGUAGAGCGAGGAACUGAGCAGCUCCAGAGAGCCAGUCACUACCAGCAAAAGUCCCGGAAGAAGAUUUGCAUCCUCGCUAUGGUUUGCUCUAUCGUGCUCCUUGUAAUUGGCAUCAUUAUUUGGCAAGCUGCUAAGUGAGUUGACUCCACACAACCAGUCCUGUCACUAUUAUAUUUGACUCUGCCCCCUACCACCUGCAAAUACCUCCUUGGAAUUACAAGAAGGGCAAGAAGAGGUUGAUCAGUCACAAUUCAAAGUUUACAAUGACCAAUGUAGACAGCUGGUCGUUCUGGAAAACACUCACAUGAGCUGAUAAAGCCCAUUGUUGUAAAAUAGCUGGGAAACAUGGUUUAAUCUGAUGUAAAGGAGCGGGUGGAGUACUGAGGUGGUGUAGGGGAUGAUUGAAGA